GUGGGGGGGCACACGUGCACCCCUAUGUGUCACCAAAGAUUCCCAGCUGCUGUUUCUGAACAAUGGUCUUGACAGGCAAUAGUCUAUUAUGCUUUUGUUAGGAAACUCGCAUUUUUGGAGGAAACUCUAACGCUCUGGCAUGGCCAGUUCCUUGGUAACAACCUGUACGGGUGCCAAGAGCGACUCUGGGAAAGGAAGCAGGAAUAAGGAGCUGGGAAACCGGGAAUGAGGAGCCUCAUGUAAACAGCAGGCCCCAGGAACAGGAAAGCGCGCCUGAAGGUCACCGGGCCCGCCUCGCCCCUUUUUUCGGCGGCUUUUCAUUACAUCGCGGCAUCCCCCACAGCAGAUCCCUCCUCUUUCUCCUCCGCCCGGGAUCUGCCUUCAACGGCCCCCCAGCUUGGCCGGGGAGGGGCGGGUCCCGGCUCCCAGCUCCUCCUGCUGAGCUGCGCGGCGGGAUGCGGCGGCGAGAGGCGGGGCGGACAUGGCGGCGGCCGCCGGUUCCUCUGCGCUGCGCUCCCGCUUGCUGCGGCUGCGGCGAUGGAGCGCGCUCCCCGGAGCUUCCAGGGCUGCCGGCUACAGCAGCAGCAGCGCUGCCCGCAGCGCCGCCAGUGAUGAAGCAACUGUUAUCUCAGGAGCUAAGCUUGCUAAACAAGUCCAUAAGGAAGUUCGAAGGGAUGUAGAAUCAUGGAUAUCCCUUGGGAACAAGAGACCUCAUCUCACUGUCAUUUUAGUAGGAGACAACCCAGCCAGUCAUACAUAUGUAAAAAAUAAGAUAAAAGCUGCUGCAUAUGUAGGUAUUCAUAGUGAGAUAAUUCUGAAGCCUGAAGACAUUUCUCAGGAAGAACUUUUAGAUUUGACUCUCCAGUUAAACAAGGAUUCAAAAGUUAGUGGUAUAUUAGUCCAACUACCUCUGCCAGAUCACAUAGAUGAGAGAACAGUCUGCAAUGCUGUUGCUCCUGAAAAAGAUGUUGAUGGAUUUCACGUUAUCAACAUCGGACGACUUUGUUUAGAUCAGCCUUCUGUGAUACCUGCCACAGCUGCUGCUGUUUGGGAAAUUAUCAAACGAACAGGAAUACAGACAUUUGGAAAAAAUGUUCUUGUAGCUGGAAGAUCUAAGCAUGUAGGAAUGCCUAUUUCAAUGCUUUUACAUACUGAUGGAGGGCAUGAAAGGCCUGGAGGUGAUGCUACAGUGACGAUUACUCACAGAUACACUCCAAAAGAGCAGCUGAAGAUCCAUACCCAACUGGCAGACAUUAUAGUAGUAGCUGCAGGUAUUCCCAAGUUGAUUACAGCUGAUAUGGUUAAAGAAGGUGCCACUGUGAUUGAUGUAGGAAUCAACCACAUCCACGACCCUCUUACAGGGAAGACCAAAUUAGUAGGGGAUGUGGACUUUGAUGACAAUACUUGAAAGAUGCAGUUUCAAACUAAAGCUUCUGAUGCUCUAAAAUGGGAAAGGGGAAUGAAUUUCCAUCUCAGGUGGAAGGUAUUUAAGAUGGCUGUCCAAAACUGUUUUUGAAACGUUAAAAUUUUUGUUUUUUGAUAGUUUAAAAUGUUUCUUCUGGCUCGGGAAAACAUUUAUAGUACAACGAGCAUUCUCAGCUUCAUGAGUGAACAGGGAGGUGAUCAGAAGUCAUUUGGGUGUUUAUAUAUUCUGGGUUGCUCCCUUCCCCUCCCUUGGCUUAAAUCGCAGGCCCAGGUCACUAAUAUUGUAACCUGACUGUGGCAGGGCUGCCAGUUUCACUCCCAGAUCAUAAUGUACCCCCACCCCACACACACACACCCUGACUGGCUGAAGGGGUAGGUUUAGGGCCAGGUUUAAUAGCAGCAGCAGAGGCCUUGCUCCCAAAGCCUCUGAUCACUGCUGAAAAGCCCACGCUCUGGCCAUCCCCCCCUGCCCCCCUCCCCCUGCCUCACUGGAAUAGGCACAAACAGCAGUAGCAGCCAUCUGUCCCCCCCCCCCAACACACACACACACACACACACACACACUCCUGUUGUUUCUUGACAGGCAGGGAGGAAAUUCAUUUUUUUUAAAAUGCUUCUCUGCUCUGCUAGGCUCCCAGCCAAUCAGCAGGGAAUCUGAUGCUGAGCUUAGCAUCAGCCAGUCAACAUGGAGGGUUCCUGUAGGGUUGGGAUGAGAUGUUCUUGGCUUGCCUGAGUUUCUUCUUAUUGAAGGUGGAGAGCAGCAUGAUUGGAGCAGGGAAGCAGGCAGGCAAUGAUGUAGCUGCUUGAAUAGUUGCACCAAAAGCCUCCUGCUUCCUUGACUGGCUGCUCUUAUAAUCACAUGUGUGGUCAGCCUCUCCAUGUGGUUGGGCUGCUGCUGCUGCUAUCCAUUGAAGGUAAGAGGCUUUUUCCUGGGCUUAGAAGCUGCUGGCUGCCUUAGGCAGAAUGCCCUGGUGCAGGAUAGGGGAGGGACUGUUUGCUUUUUGCAUGUGUUCUCUCCCCCUGCCCUCACAAGUCCCUUCAGUAUGAUCAAGAAGUAGUCCUUCUGGUUGAUGAAUUCAAGACCAUCGUUCACAAGGGAAAUGGUCGCAAUGUGUGUUAUGCUGGCUGCCCCUACACAGUGGGAAAACUCAGGCUGGCAAAUCUAUCCACAACCUUCUGUGGAUCAGCAAGGCAUAUGAUAUUUGAGGCCAUUACCCGUUGGAUUGCCAGGUACACCCGUACUGCUUCUCCAGCUGUUGGCUUGCUUAUGCCAAAAUGGUUUACUAUAGACCAGAGGCUAUCUGGGGUUGUGAGCUUUCAUAUAGCAGUGGCAAUGCACUUCUCCACAGAUGAGAGCACUUGUGCCACCAUUAUCCACUGCUGUAUGGUUGGGCCAAGCUUGGUGCAGAUAUCUAUGAAGAUGCCCCUGGGCAUACAGUUGCCCACUACUACUUGGUGUCCCAGGUGGCCAUGACAGUCCACUCCCACAAAUGCCACUGCACAGUCUGGAGUUUCUCCCACAUCUAUCUGACCAUAGUGUGCUGAUCUGCAACCAAAAAAUCUUCAGAGGAGCAGCUGCUGCCACAGACAAGGAUCCAGACAUAGCCAUGGUCCACCUGUUGUUUGGGAGAGUGCAAAUGCAAUAUUUUCCCCAACAAGUACUGCUCCAUCAUUCUUGGCGCCAAUAAAAUUAGUUAGGGGUCUCAUCAGGGUUCACCAUUGUCGCCUUUUCCACUUAGUCUCCCUCAUUAGUUCACAAAAGCUGGACCUGCAAGUACAGAUCUAUAGUAGCUGAUGAUGUUAAAAGCUGGCCAGUGGUUCCAGGCAGCACAAAUGCAGCAGGAAUACAGGCAGGCAAUCAGUGGCAAAAGCUGUAUGGUGAAUCACACCAGAAUCCCUCCUAAACAAAAUUCCCAGUGCACUCACCUACAAUUUGAAUAACCAGUGGACUCUUUAUUCAGGUCUUGCAAGUCAAGGGAACCUUCGGACAUUUGACUAGCACCAGGCAAAUUCAUAUACUUUGGCUGUCCUCUCAUGUGUAGAGCUUCCCUUUUGAACAAGAGACAACUGCUACUAAAGGGAAUGAGAUAUGUGGCUCCUGAGCAUCUCUGAAAUGUCAGGCCCCAAUUUUUUUGCUGGCAUAGCUGUGUUAGGCAGGUGCUGUGAUUUUUGACCAAUAUAGCUGCAUUGGCAAAAGCUAAUAGCGCAGAUGUGGUUGUAUUCAGCAAACUGCAUUUUUUUGCUGCAGUAGCUGAUUUCACUUGUAGUAGAGGGGGGCUAGAAUGUGCUAUUCAUGCAAAGACACUUUGUAUUGUCAGCUGCUUUACCAAACAGGGCAAAGUUGCAGAUACUUUAGAGCAGGAGUGCCCAACCUGCAGCACACUUGUCAGAAGCGGCACAGGUAGCCUCUUUGUGUGGCACAGAAGAUCAGGGAGAGGGCAGGGAGCAGAAAUUAAUGGAGCAGAUCAGGCAGGGAAGAUAGGGUAGAGAACAGAAAACAUAGCAACACAUUAGGCAGGGGAAGAGGUUUAGCGUUGCACUUGCGGAGGGUGUGGAGCUUAAUUUGUAGCAUGCCUGCCAAAAAGAUUGGUCCCCAUUGCUUUAGAGGAUAAGAUUAGGAUUUAGAUUGGCCUAGAAAAUAAUCCUAAAUAAAUUCAAUAAGGACAAAGGGAAAUGCCCUACAUUUUCAGCUGGGAUAAAAUAACUGGCUGGCGUGCAGUACUGCAAAAGACCUGGGAUUUAUAGUUAGGGUAACCAUACAUCCUGGUUUGGCCAAUACACUCCUGGAUUUCAUAAGCCAUCCCAGCAUCCUGGCUGGUUGUCUAAAAUUGAAGCAAAAGUCCUGGAUUGGUGGCACACUCCACCCGCAAGUGCUUGACCCAGCUCUUUCUGAGCAAGGGCUAGAAGCUGUUUGGGGCAGUGGGUAGGCUGGGCUAAGCACUGCUCUGACUGGGGCAGGGUUCAGCUGGAAUGGGGUGGGCCAGGGUUGGGACUCAGGCACCUAUGUGGAUCAAGCUGAGAUGGUUGCCUGCUGUCGGCAUCCUUGUGCUCUGCUGCUGCAGCCAGUGCUGAUACUCGGACUGCAUGUGCCAGCCCCAGGUGGCUACCUGUGAUAGUGAGAAGGAGCUAGGUGACUGUGCAGCACAGACUGGCAGUCUGGGAGGUGCUGCACAGCUGCCACACCCAACUCAAUCUAGCCUCUGUGCGUGGGGGAUGGAGCUUGGCUGUAGGCCUCUGUGCUGUCCACCCGUCUCCUCCAUCAGUCCUUUUGGGAACCAUGGUGUCGGGGGAGGGGGGGGGGAGGGAGGCCUGUGUGGUGCUCACCAGCCCAGAUUUACUUACCCCAUCACAGAUUUCCUUCAAAAUAAUAUGGCCACCCUGUUUAUAGUAAACCAGAAGCUGAAUAUGAACCAACAGUGUGCUGUUGUUGCAAAAAAGAAAAGAAAUAGCCAAAAGCAUACCGGGCUGCAUUAACAGGAAUGUCUCUGUGGAGGACUGAGCCUUCAGUUGCCUCAGGGCAUGGUCCAGGGACCAUGUCCUGCCUUGCUUUUUUCCCCUGGGGUAUUUUUUGUCCCCUGGAUAGCCAGGUAUCUAAUUUUGCCCCCAGACUAUAAAUUUGCAGCACGGGGAAUGUUUUUUUGUUCCCGCAUGUGCCUCUUGAAGCGUGUCAAAGGGGCUUGAGACACUGCAAGAGGCACUUGCAUACUUGUCUGGAUGCACCCCUAAGGUCCAUUCCAGCCCUAUUCUUCUGUGGUUCUAUGCUAGGAGUAUUUAACUAGAAUACUGGUGUGCCUCAACCAGCAAAGUGCUGACCUGGGAGAAUUAUCAGGAAAAGAAACAGAGAGAUGCCUGAACAGACAGAUACUGGACCCCUGAAGAGCAGAGAGGUUGCAGUGCUGAUGCUGCACAGCCAAGGGGCCCUGACUUAUUUCAGCAUGCUCUGCAGUCUUCCUUGGUCUGCCUGGUGACAGAUGGCAGUAGUGCACAGGGCUGCCCUGAUUGACUGCCCCAAAUUGUUCAGUCAGCCAGUGGUUCCCUGUAGCACAUUGUGGAAUUAUGAAGGGGGAAUAUUCUGCUCCAUCCUUAGCCGGAGUGGUAGAGUCCAGCCUGAGUGACACACUGUCUCUGCAGGGGGAGAGAUAGUUGGGUAGGAGCAAAACACACCAGGAUAUUGGAGAACUGUGCUGCAGCUUCUCUCAGAAGGAUAAGUUAUACAGAAAUUCAGUCUCCCCAGAAGAAACUCUACUGGGAGUGAUUUAACUGUGAUUGCUCCUAAAUUGUUUUUUCUGGGAGUGGGUAUUUUUCCUUUGAGAGAAAAAUCCUGAACAUCUGUAGACUUAUUUUCUCCAGGGGGAGCAGUGAGAAAAACAGAAUGGCCCAUGUCUUUCACUGAAUGACUCAUGUCUCUCACCUUCCAUAGCAAGUGGUGGUUAGAUUAUAGAUUUCAUAGACAUUAGGGCUGGAAGGGACCUUGAAGAUCAAGUCCAGCCCCCUGCCCCAGGGGCAGGAAGUCAGCUAGGGUCAAAGGAUCCCAGCAAAAUAAGCAUCCAAAUGUUUCUUGAAUGAGUCCAGAUUAGGUGUCUGCACCACUUCUGGAGGCAGUCUAUUCCAGGCCUUGGGGGCUCAGACAGUAAAGAAGUUUUUCCUUAUGUCCAGCCUAAAACAGUCUUGGAGGAGUUUGUGACUGUUGGUCCUUGUUAUCCCUCAGGGCGCUCUGGUGAACAGACUUUCCCCCAUAUCCUGAUGCACACCCCUUAUGUGCUUAUAGGCAGCCAUCAGGUCAUCCCUGAGCCUGCACUUUUCCAGGCAGAAGAGUCCCAUGGUUCUCAGCCUAACUUCAUAAGAAAUAUGAAGGUGAUAUAAUCUAUACGAAAUAUAAGAUUAUAUGGUAAACUAAACACACACAAAGUUAACAAGGAAUAUAAACCUCUUUUUCCCUUUUUCUGAAGUAGUGGCAGAACUUCAGGAUGAAAAGGUUCUUAGAAAUCUAAGCUUGCAAUUCAGCCUGGAAGUUCAGUUGAGGAACACCAGCAUGAGAGAAUUGCUGCCAGUAUGGCGAAGGAUGUUGCCAUUGCCACCUGCAGUUGCUAUUUGUCUAUAAAUACCAGUUUGGGGUUCACAGAUCAGCUACUGGGGCUCUUAUCAUUAAGGUUUGCAGCACUGUGAGGAAGCUUUUGCUCUGCUGUGUCACAAAGCUUGGCAAUACAAAAGAGGCCUCUGACGGCUUUUCACAGACAGACUUUUGGCAACCUAUUCUUUGCAUUCCGCUCCAGAUCGUAGACUUUGCCAACAAGAGGAUGCACUUCUGCCGUCUCAUGGUGCAAGGCCUGGUGAAUCACUGUGAGAGACUCACCGAUAUUAAUUUGGGUGGUGCUAAGAUAUUUGGAAACUCAGGCCUGGUUGCUGGAAUGUGCAAAGGAAUCAUGAGGAUUAUGUGGUGUGAUCUCAUAUCCCACAAUUUCAGUUCCUUCUUUUAUGUACUUUACAAUGCACUGCAAAAAGAAUCCCAUAACGCUUAUGAUGAUACUAGCUAGCACCCAGGGAUCUCUGCCGAGCACUUGUUUCAAAAAAAUUUAAUACUAUAGGGCUGCGCAAAAUAGCACUGUUCCGCUUCGACUCCUCUUUUGACAGAACACUGUUUUGUUUCAAGUUUUGUUUCAUUUCAAAAGCAUUGUUCCAUUUCAUUUCGUCGAAACUGUUUCGCUGUUUUGUUGCUAUUUCGACAUUUCGCCCAUAGGCUAUUCUGCAACCUGCGCCAGGAACAUCAGUGCUGCCGCAGGCCCCAGCCAACAGCACCAGCCUCCUGUGAUCUGGCAGGCAGAUGGAGGCCCGCACUCCUGGGAGGAGUAUAGCACAGCCCCUGCAGCCCUCCUGGGGGUGUGGGCAGGCCCCUGAUCUGCCUGGUGGAUGACAGGAGGCUGGUGCUGCUGGUUGGGACCAGCAGCAGCACCAAUCUUCCAGAUGCUGGGUGCGGGCUGUGCCCAGUGCCAUCCCAGGCAGCAGGAACAGCCUCCUGUGAUCUGGCAGGCCGAUUGGGGGCCCCCGCACCUCUAGGAGGGCUGCAGGGCUCUGCUGACUCCUCCCAGGGGUACGGGCAGGUCCCCAAUCUGCCUGCUGGAUGACGGAAGUUGCUGCUGCCGGCUAGGGCCAGCAGCAGCACCGAUCUUCCUGGUGCUGGGUGUGGGCUGCGCCCAGCACUGCUCCUAGCCAGCAGCAGCAGCCUCCUGUCAUUUGGCAGGCAAAUCAGGGGCUCACACCCCCAGGAGGCAUCCGACACAACCCCCACAGCUCUCCCAGGGGUGUGGGCAAGUCCCCGAUCUGCCUGCCGGAUGACAUGAGGCUGGUGCUGCUGGCUGGGACCAGCAUUGAAGCCAAGUAAGCCUGGCUUCGAAACUCGAAAUGUUUCAAAACUUUUGAAACAUUUCAAGUGCCAUUGUUUCAUUUUGAAGCAGUUUCAAAGGCUUUUGUUUUGUUUUGAUUUUGCUGUUUUGAGCUCGAAACUCAUUGAAACAUCUUUUAAAUGAAACACUGGGCAAAAUUUCAUGCAGCCCUACUGUGUACUUGUAGUAUUCUCAAAGUAAAGUAAUUUAACUGGGGUAGCAGAGCACUUGCACAUUGGACUCAGCAGCCAUCAAGAACUCAUUGGUGCCUACACCAUGCUUUGUAAAGAGCAAUGGUGCCAAUUGAUUGAUUGCAAGGCAGUGUGGAUACACUGCUCAGGCAACAAUUGUUAUUGAUUAUUUAAAAUAAAUUCACGAGACCCACAACAACUUGCAAGUUUAGACAUGUGCUUAAUAUGAGAGAUUGCCCCUAUUGAGCAUCUGAAGUGUUUAACUUGUAGAGAAACCUAGAAAUAAAGAGUACUUCCAUACCAGAGUAUCCUGUUUGUCAAGGAAAUUACCUGCAUUUCAUUUCUUGUGAAGAAUCAAAGAAAGAUCUUUAAGGCUUUGAAGAAGCUGCAAAAUAAUAACUAACCCCACUUAGGCACUCAGUUUGAAGGCUAUGUUUUCCAAGCUGUCAAAUACUUAGGACAGUAUUUCAGCAGUCUUUGGGGAGUGACAUUCAGAGGAGAAAGCUUCUACACAAUCUAAAAGUGGAAAUGAAAUAACCUAAAGUAAUUGACAGUGCUAUACCUUGUUCAAUACUGUAAGGUUGGUCAUAUAUAAACUUUAUCUCAAACUGUAUGUUGGACUCUUAUGCUAUACAAAUCUAUUUAGAACUUUAAGAGCCAAAUGUAUAAAUCUAGUACCUAAGUUUGUCUGAAAAAAUAGGCAGACAAGGUUCCUUAGGUGAAUUUGAUAUCUUUUAUUAGACCAACCCAAAUAGUUGGAGAAUAGUUAUUAAGCAAGCUUUCGGGUUCAAAAACCCUUCGUCAGGCUAAGGAAGCUUCAGCAGUUGCUGUGUGCUCUUCCUGGAUGGAAUGAAAAGUAAACAAGCCAGGGGCUGGGCUGGGGAGUCAG